AUGGGCGACGUCAUGCAGCGCGCGCAUUGGUCUGUGGCGGACGCGGCGGGCUCGUCCGUCGUCGUCGAAUACGUCGGCGGCGCGCUGCGCCUCCACGAGAACUCGCGCCUCGGCGUGCUCACGAACGACCCGCCCUUCGAGUGGCACCUCCAGCACCUCGACCAGUUCGCGGGUUACGACACGCGGGAGUACCAGGCGGCCUGGGGGCUCGAGGCCGUCGACGUCGAGGGCGGCGCGACCGUCCCCGCCGUGGCGUCCCACGGCCUCAACACGCGCAUGCUCCCGGGCGGCUACACGCCGCCGGACCGCUUCGUCAAGAUGUUCCUGCUGCGCGAGACGGCCGUCGCGCACGAAGCGCCCAAAACGGCCGACGACGCGAUCGCCGUCGCCGCGGGCCUCGUCAACACGGUCCACAUCGUCCGCGGCACGGUGCCGAAGCUCUCCAAGGUCGACGGCUACGAGUGGACGAACUGGGCCGUCCUCAAGCUCCCCGGGAAGCGGCAGUUCCUCGUCCGCGCGUACAGCGACAUGCAGUGGCGCCGCGUGGACCUGACCGCGCUCGACUUUUCGGGGAAGGCCUACGCGGACGUGCCCCUCUACCGCGACCUCGACGCGGGCAUCGCCGACAUCAAACUUCCCCGGGUCACGAAGCGGCGGGGCGGGCGCCUGCACAGCCUCGGCGACGACAUCCUCGUCUCGAUCCUCGCUCUGCUUCCUCGCUCUUCGCACGCGUCCGCGGAUGCGGUGUCCAAGAAGUGGCGCGCGCUCGUCCGGAACGAGGCGCUCGUCGGCGCGCGCCGGGCCUUCGGCGGCGAGGCGUUCGUCGUCGCCGUCGGCGGGAGGGACGAUGGUUCAAUCCAAAACAAUGGUCGCGUGUCGCUCCUCGUCGAUGGCAAGACCUGGGUCGAGUGCGCGCCGCUUCCGGACCCGGUGACCAUGCACCAAGCGGUCUUCUGCGCGGAGGAGCUCUACGUCCUCGGCGGCAAUCACGCCGAGCGCAUGAGCUUUGGAGUUCCAGAAUCCUGCGGAUGCGUCAUGAUCUUCUCGCCGCCGCGUAACGCGUGGCGCGCGUCGGCGCCGUUGCAGUCCGCUCGGGCCCUGCCCGGGCUCUGCUCGUGUUCCGGCGAGAUCUACGUCGUCGGAGGGCUGGACACCAAGCACAAGCGCGGCGCCUGGGCGGGUUCGUACAAGGACAUGGGUCACAUCUCGAAGCUCAACCCGGAUUCUCUCGUCUGGACCGAGCUGCCGAAGAUGCCCUAUCCGGUGCACGAGACCCCCUGCGUCACCGUCGGCAAAGAAAUCUACGUGAUCGGCGGCAACGUCGAUCUGCACGACGACAUGUUCAAGUGCGGCAUCGUUCAGAUCUUCGAUACGGAGGCGCUCGCCUGGCGCGUUCUGGACGUCGAGGCGCCCGUCGCGAGCCCCGUGCCUAUUGCGCACGGCUCGACCAUCUACUGCCUCGGCGGCGCCUCUUCCGGCGCCCGCCCGCCCCGCGUUCUUGAUUUCUCGACGGUGGAUGACGAAGACUCGGAGGAUGAAGAUGAACGCUACGAAAGUCCCUUCCAGUUCCUCACGGACGGCGAGGUGAACCGGCGCGUGAAGAAGUCGCGCGAGGGCGUGCCCGGGGCGACGAUGCGCGUCCGCAUGCUCGCGAUGCGCGACACGUUCAGCGACUGCUGGGAGUUCGACGCCGCGUCCGGCGAGUGGCGCGAGAUCACCUUCGUCCAGAUGUCGCCGCCGCCGCGGCGCGGCCACACCUGCUCCUUCGCGUCGGGCUACAAGCUGGCGGACGCCGCCGACGAGCAGAACGACGCGGGCGCGCGGAGCGAGGACGCGCUGAGCCAGACGGGCGGGUCGCUGUGCCGAAACCAACCACUGCUCGGCGGGUCGCUCGCGGACUUCGGCAUGGCCGGCGAGGGCGGCGAGGGCAACGGCGAGGGCGCCGACGCGGCCGCGAACGUGUCCCUACGGUUGAACGGGCUCCAGGAGGAGGAGGCGCCGCGCUACGUCGUCCUCGUGGGCGGCGCGGGCCCGGACCCGAAGGGCUUCGAGAACGUGCUCGGCCAGCCGCAGUGGGCCCUCGAUCUCGCGACCAUGCGCUGGUUCCAUUUGCCGUGCACGGGCUGCGUCGACGCCGCCGCGCGCUUCGAGCACACAACCACAAAAAUCGGCGAGAAGCUCUGGGUCGUCGGCGGCAUGACGCUGCCCUACUGCGACGUCCAGGCGGACCCGAACCAGGACAUCACGCAGCCGACGGUGACGACGUCGACGCUCAAAUGGGGGUCGGCGCUCCAGGACAUCGCGUCGCUGGAUCUCGAGACCCUGGUCUGGACGCGCCUGGACUUCGACGGGCCCUCGCACCCGAUCCACGGCCACGCGGCGUGCGAGAGCCCGACGCGGCCCGGCGAGCUGCUCAUCGUCGGCGGCUACGAGCGCGUCAAGAAGCGGCACCUCAUGCAGCGGCGGAACACGGUGAACACGCUGCUGCCCAAGGCCCACGGCUCGAGCCACCCGAGCCUGGGCGACACGACGCCGCCGCCCGUCGCGGAGCUCCUGCCGAGCCACGAGGAUUUGGAGGACACGGUGACGAUCCGGGCGAUCCGCGUCACGGACGACGUGCCCCUCAUGCGGAAGCUGCCGACGCGGGGCCAGCCGCCGCCGCCGUCCUACGGCAUGGUCUGCCUCCCCUGGAACGGCCACAAGCUUAGCAUGUCCAAGCUCCGCCGCGACCGGGGCGCGGAGCUCGAGGAGCGGGGCAUCGUGAUCCCCGGCGGCUCGAAGCGCAACCUGCGCCGCGGCUCCCAGGCCGCCGCGCGCGCCGAGGAAAAGAAGGCCGCGGAGCGCGCGGGCGGGCCGCGCGUCCAGGGCGUCACGGCGCAGGCUUUGGUGAACCAGGGGCCGUGCCUCCUCUUCUACGGCGGCGCGCGGACGAAGAAGCUCCACCCGACGGACCCCCAGGACGGGUUUUCCUCCUCGGAGCUCUACCUCUACGACUGCCUCUGGGCGCCCCCGGAGUCGGAGUCGGACGCGGACCCGGACGACGCGCCGGAGGAUCUCUUGAAGGACCUGUCGACGUCGAAGAAGGACGCGGACUCCGUGCAGCGGCCCGACGACGACCGGUCCCGCGCGUCCUUCGGCGACCACGCGUCUUUGGGCGACCACGGGUCCCUGGCCCUCCUGCCCAACGGGGGGCUCUCCUUCGCGCCGUCGACGGAGUCCGGCCCCGGCGGCGCGUCGUCGUCGUCGCGCGCGGCCCAAAAAAAGUCCGAGGCGGACCUGCGCUUCUUCCUCGACCAGCUCGAGGUCCACGGCGGCGAGCUGCCCGGCGGCUACGACGCCAUGAAGCAGAUCAUCCUCCAGCGGCGCCCGGACCACACGACCUCCAAGCUCCGCCGCGGCGAGAAGAUCAAGUUCUUCAAACACGGCCUGGCGCCCCGCCCCGACGCGUCGGGCACCUUCGUGACGCUGGGCCACAUGGUGAAAACUUUGGCGCGCGACGCGGGCCUCGGCGCCGUCUCCUUGGCGAAAAUCGACUGCGAGGGCUGCGAGUUCGACGUCUUCCGCGAGCCGGCGACGCAGGCCGCGCUCAAACACGUGCUCCACCUGAACCUCGAGGUCCACUUCCUGUUGGGCGGCGAGGCCGUCGCCAACGCGGACCGCGUCGCGCGCAUGGCCGCGCUCUGGGCGGACGUCGCGCCGCUCAUGGUGCCCUUCUCCAAGGAGCCGAACAUCCAGUUCGCGCCGGACUGCGUCGAGUACGCGUUCGUCAACGCCGGGGCGAUACUCUAA